GCCUGAGGCCGCUCCGCCGCGGGGGCAGGCUGCGCACCGUCCUCCUUGCCCUGCCGGGGGGGCAGGCUGCGCACCGUCCUCCUUGCCCUGCCGGGGGGGCAGGCUGCGCACCGUCCUCCUUGCCCUGCCGCGGGGGCAGGCUGCGCAUCGCCCUCCUUGCCCUGCCGCGGGGGCAGGCUGGGCAUCGCCCUCCUUGCCCUGCCGCGGGGCGGAGAGAGGGCUGCGCAGCUCAUGUGGGCUGUAGAGUCCCCAAACGCGGAUUCCUCUUCCUCCAGCCACAGUACCGAGCCUGCCUCCACAGCCCCGCCCGACAGCCUCCGCCGCGACAGCCCCCGCGCUCCGUCCAGCCUUUGCAGCAGCCUCGGCUCCGGCUCCCUCCCGCCCGACAGCCUCCAAGCCUUCCCCUGCCUCGGCAGUCCCCGCGAGUCGCCCAGCAUCCAGUGUGACAGCCUGGAGUGUCCCUGCUGCUGCUGCUGCGGGAGCGUGGGGUCGGCUGGUGUCUGCGAGGACAGCCUGCAGUCCCCUCUCUCCGUCUGUAACGGCCGAGGGUGCUUCGGGCCAUGCAGUGACUUCUCCGACAGCCUGGAGUCCUUCGGUGUCCGGCACGACAGCCUCCAGUCAGUCUCCAGCCUGUGUGAGAGCUUCACGUCCUCCAGCAUCAGGGGUGAUAGCCUUGAAUCCCUUUCCAGCCUGAGCAACGGGUCCACCAGCCAGCACAGCGGCCUCCAGUUCACCAGUCAGUGAGCCUGCCUUCAUCUCCCCAUAAAACACGCUGACGUGUGGUUCACUUCCAGCUACUGUGAGAGCUACCAGGUGCCCUUCAUUCAGUGGUCUACGUUGUUCCAGUUGAUUCUUGCUGUAUCCUGUGCAGUAACCUCAGAUACUCCCGGUGGCUGCCAUUCCCAGGUUAGGUGCUUCAGAGAGUCAGUGCUCGUUAUUACUUGCAGCGCUAACGCUGAUUUUUGUGUCGUCAGUUAAGAAUGGAGGUACGUGGUCCUCGCAGGAAUCCCAGCUACCUCUCUGAUCUCUAUCAGAACAUGUUACGGGCUGAAGAAGCACCAGCACAACGGCGGCAGCAGCCUCCAGAAGUCCAUACAGGUAGCAGCAUGACUCCUUGGAGCAGUGUCCUAGCCAAGGGGGGCCCUCAGCCAAAUAAGCUUCUGAGUAGCACUUCCCCCAGCUGUGACCCGGCGUUGCGGCCCAUCAUACGGCGCCGAGCGAGAUCUUUGCCUACAUCGCCUGAAAGAAGGAAGCGAGCAGCAGUGCAGUGCCAAGUUCCUGGAUGCCAGAGUCGUAUGAACCGGGUGAGAUUUGCUGAUGCGUUUGGUUUGGAGCUCACCAAAGUGAAAGUCUUCCAGACUGGGGAGGAUCCAUCGAUCCCCUUGCAUGUCCUUUCCAGGCUCUCCAUAAACUCAGACCUCUGGUACAGCAGCUGGGACUUGGAGUAUACCAUGCAGUGCUUGGUCCCUGACUUCCAGCAGCCUGCAGACUGUAUAGAUUUCUCCUCCCGACUUCAGGAGCAGCAGGUGUGCCUUGAACGAGUGACUAGCUCAGAUUUGGGGCUCAAUGGUACCAUCCAGGUUCGCAACGUUGCUUUUGAGAAGCAGGUAUCUGUGCGAUACACCUUCAACCAGUGGAAAAGCCUCCAUGAAGUGUGUGCUCGUUGGCAGAGUAGCAUCCCUGAGAAAAACGGGCAGGAUCAGGUUGAUGUUUUCACUUUCUUUCUCCCUGUGCCUCCUUUCCUCCUUCAGCUGUGCUCCGUAGUCCAGUUUGCAGCAAGGUACCAAGUCAAUGGCCGGGAGUACUGGGAUAACAACAGAGGCAAAAACUACAGUCUGACCUGCUGGGCUCACCCUCUUAAGAUGCCUAGAGAAUGUGAGGAGAGCUGGAUCCACUUUAUCUGAAUGAAGAAAGUGGGUGCACAGCAGCUUGUCAGUAGUCUUGGUGGCACUCUCUUCUUUGGCAUGGCUCUUUGCUUCUAUGGCAACAGUCUCCUUUUUAGAACCUGCCAAACCUGGCAGGGAAGUAGCUAAUGACCCGUACAAACUGUUCUAAACCUCUCAGGAGGAAGAAAGGGCCAGAAUGAGUAUUGAGUUAUAUCCAUUGAAAGCCCAUGUGGUUUCUCCUAGUGUGUGCCUCAGUGCAGAGUGGUUCCAGGGGAUGCUGUCGGACUACUGCAGAGCAAAACAAGUCACUUCAUGUUGCUAGUAACAUUGUAGGUUGCAUAGAAUAUUUCUAACUCGUUUAUUUUACCAUUUUGUACUAUCUGUUUUCUAAGUGGGCAGUGUGGUUUAACUUGGUUGGUUUCUAAUUCUGUUUAUAUUAUCUCACCAAGUCUGGGCACUAUUCCAUUUAUGCAUAAUUUGGAUGACAGACACCAUAGGGAAGCACUUUUGAAAAAAAAUAAAUAUAUAAUGAAGACUGUAACCAUGUUAAAUAUUUUCAUUAAUAUUUGGAUUGGAAAUGAAAUGUUGCUGUGUGCAAAACAGAUGAAAAUGUCUCAUCAGCCCCUUUAUUUCCUUUUUAAAAAAGGGUGCCUUUUUAUCUCCAGUGUUGGGAAGUUCUUAUCCUUUCCAGGUGAUGCAUAGGUAGGCUUUUUCUCUAGGUGGUGGUUCCAAAUUGUCCCUUUUCCUUGGCACUUGGUUUUGCUAAGGGAAACAAGAGCAGUUUUACAUUUGUGUAAGCCACCCACAGCCAAGUAUGUAUUAGUCCAAAAAGUCUACUGAGUCAUUCUGGAAGUGCAGAAACCUCAAGAAAAUUAAUGUGGCUGGCAACUUGAUUGAUACUCAUUUAGUAAAGGUAGGACUUCAAGUGAAAAAGCUGCCUGGUUCCAAAGGAACCAAAGUCAUGAAUGAUGAUUCUAUGUGCUGCUGAGCACCACUUGCAGAGUACUGACAAAACUCAAUCCUAUUUGAAACGUUGCAAAUUGACUCUGUUGUUUGCUUUAACUUUGUAUUGGAGCACUGUGAGGUUGAAGUUGUUUUGAAGGAGUGGGUGAGGCUGUGGUGCAACUGCCAACAACAGAGUGCUGCCUGCUUUCAAUCCACCUGUGUUAAAUUACUGUGUCUGGGUUAGAGGAAUGACCAUUACCAAUCUGGUAGCAAUUCUUUGUCUCUUAGAAGAAUCAAUGCAGGGAACUUGAAGUCUAGUCUUUCUCAUACAGCACAAAAAAUGGGAGCUCUGUAAGAAAGGGCUAAAUUGUAAGGGUUUUUGCCUCUUAUGGUGGGCUUCUGGUGACUACAUGACAUCCAACAAUAAGGACACAACAUAUCUGAACUAUUCAACUGAUGCUCUGCAUAGUCGAUGGAGAUGUCACUACAGUUAGCAGACAACCUGUGGUGUGACAAACUGUGUCAUAUCUGCUGAGUGCAGAAAGAACACUUGAGGGACUAGUUCUGCCAUACUGAAAAUCGCAGCAUUAGUGCAAAUUGUGCCAAAUUAUGCCAGAGUCUGUAGAUGUCAAGUAAGAUGAGCUGAAACAUUCCUUCAGUGACUGCAGAAGAAUGUUUCAUAGCAUGAAUUGAAAUUGCAUACCCUUACUUUGGUGAACCUUGCUCACUUAAGAAAUUCCAUUAAAGUUUAUACAGUUUAUCCAGGUAAAAUCCACAGAAAGAGUAUUUAAUGUACUUGCCAGUGAAGUAAGAAGAAAACGAGUAUACAUGUACAGAAGCACUUGUGCUGAAUAAAAGGCACCUUUUAAAGUAUAGUUCCUCCCCUAUCCCUCCCCAUCAAAUUACUGUAUUUUUUCCAUGAGCAAAAUCACUGAAUUGCCUCUGCACACCAUUAAAAAUCCCUCUCUUGCAAGACUGGUAUUUGACACUAGUUUACAAUGGAUGUUGCUGGAGCCCAAUGCAAUACUUGGCUUACUGGCAGAAAGAUGCAGUUGCCAACUUCUGGGAGAGACUCUUGUGUGCUAGCAAAUAAAAACUCUUGAGAGUUACUGCAGGCAAGGAUAGAUGAUGUAAAGCUGAGGCUGUCAAUUUAAAGGUUAAUAUCAUGUUGGAGUCAGAGAGAUAAGAAAUUAGUAUCUUAGCAGUAUGAGUUUGGCUCUUACGGUCUUCCUUCCAUAACCUCUCAGUGUAUUUGCAUGUGCAAAGUCUUGAAUACUAAAGUAUUUGUUGUCUUGCUCUGCUGGAGAAGAGUUGACAGUAGCUGUUACUAAACCAGAUGUGUGGCAUUGCUGAGUGAGCUGAGCAGUCCCCCCUUGUAACAAGUGAUUUCUGUGUUAAGCUGUUAAACACUCACACGUUACUGCCACAUGUCACAUGGAAGAUGAAAUUUGCACUUACGUUCUCCUGUCAUGUUCAGUAAAGAAUAUCAAAAUUAUUCUAGGUGACAAAAAAGGGAUUAAGCCAUUAAGUAGUGGUAAUGCUCCCCUGUUGUGAAGGUAAAGUUAUGACCACCUUUAUAAAUUCUCAGGACAACUUGACUGCUUGCACUGUGUUAAAAUCACCCUUAAGCACCUCCCUUUUAAUGAGGAUUUUGUACAAGUGAAUUCUUUACAAGGGUUAUUGUCAUAUAAUGCACUUUUUAAAACCUGUAUUUAUUAUAGUUACACAAUAAAUUAAUGUCUAGUAGUCCACAGUUUCAAGGUUUUUUCAAGCAUGUUUUUCAAAGAAAUGUAAGGAACCCAUCUAAAUGAAAAGAGGUGGUCUUUCCUGAUUAUGUGUCUUGUCCAGAAUAAAGUACAAUACACAAUAUAUCAGUAAAGCACAUAUGCUAGACAAAAGGUCUUUUUGUUUUACUGGAGAGCUGUUUUAAAAUCAAUAAUAAAACUAUGGCUAUUGUAAUACAAAAGAUUGCAAUAAAAGCUUGUCACAAUUUUA